AUCAACAAGUGGGCGCUCUGGGAACUAUCUAGUAGCCCUACUGCAUUUAGAAGUAGCGGCCAUUCAUUAUGCUGAGAAGAAGAGGGACUUUAUAUGAAAAUUAGAUGCCCAAGGGAUCUGGACUUCUCUCUGCAGAUCAAUGAGUAUAGAUGGCACGAAAAGGUUGUGGUUUGUGUUCUGAUAACUUGUGAAUGGAGAGGGGAAUGCUUCGGAAAGAGGAACGCACGCUUUAAACACCCGCUAAAUUCGAGUGUCCAGUGUCAUGAAACUAAAUCCACAGCAAGCUCCGCUAUAUGGUGAGUGUCUUCUGACAGUGCAGCUGGGUGAUGGAGAGCGUUUGGAGGAUGUAGAGUUCUACCUGCUUUUUGCUGGCACCACCCAGAGGCACCUGACCAGUACCUUGAGGAUAAGCCAUGUCACCCUACAGGCUGUGUGCCCAGCCCAUGACUGCUGUGAGUCGGUGCAGGUCACGCUGUGCUCUGCGCGGUCUGAUGGCUCGGUGGACCCUGUGGCCGAGGAGCGCUUCCAAUUCGUCCAGGACCUGGCCUUCGACAUGGCCCAGUUCCUGGUGAGCGCUGCAGGACGGGCCAACGGUCUGGAGGGGGCUCUGCUGCUGGAUGAGUGCCAGAUCCCCCUGCAGGAAUGUGAGAGACUAGACGAGAGCCUCUCCUUGGCACUCAGACACCUGGCCCUGCCCCAGGGUUGGAGCGUCCUGGGCUCCAACGUAGGCACACCACCGGGCCCCAACCUGGACAACAGCAUUGCUGAGCCCGGUCCACACGAGACCCUCUUGCACUUUGCGGCUCGGCGCGGUCUGCGGAGGGUAGCCUUGUUUCUGCUCCAGCAGCCAGGAGGCAGAGAGGCUCUCAGACUGCCCAACAAGCAGGGCUCUACACCAGUCAGCGUGGCAGAGAAGAGGGGCCACGACCAGCUACAGCAGCUCUUCACUGAGGUUGAGACCUUGUCAGAGACCCGGAUAAAGACGGAGGAGAGACAGUGUUACCCAGGAGGCCGAGUGCUGCAGCACCACCCUAAACUGAACACAUACACCCUGACGGUGGACACGUUGCUAGGGAAACCUCUGCCCAGCCUAAAGGGAGAGGUGGAGGAGCUACAGAAACUCAUACAGCGCCACAGAGACGACAAUGAAGAUCAUGUGCUCCAGCAGCAGUCACCAGAUGAGCUGAACACAACAGCAGGAUCCAGUGGUAUCAGCAACACAUCAGCACACUCAGCCACAGAGUCCCAGCCCCCCCACAGCCAUGCCCAGCAGCGGAGAGAGGGCGAGACUCCGGCUUUCAGCGCACCAUCCUGUGGAGACCAGCAGGAGGAAGCUGAUAGAGAGAGGACAGGCGUAAUCACUGCCACCCAGGGCAGCAAGGCAGGGCGCUGUAAAAGGAACCAGGAAGAGAACGAGAAGUGGAGAGCAGAGACUGAGACGGGCGAUAAGGCUGUUGCUGCUCCGACAAAGGCUUCACGAGCCAUGGGCCACGCGCAGUCUCAGGAACACACGGAAGCUAAGCAUCAGUCCCUGAGGACUACAGGCAGCAGCAGUAGUGGCUGUGGGGACACAAGUGUUCAGAGGACUAUGGAAAGGCAGGGCGAGCCUGAGAACAUCCAGGAGAUGGAGUCUGGGGCUCCUGUGGAGAAUGGACAGCACGAUAAACAUAGCGGUGAGGUUGAGGUGGAGUAUGCUGAGGCCACUUCUGAAUGUACUCUUCAGACCUUGACGGGAGCUGUGAGCCGCCAUGAGGCACAAGCUGUAGAGGCACAGGACUCCGAACAAAGACAGGAAACCACUACAGCAGUGACAAGUUAUUCUGUGGAGCCCGAGUGGGCCGAUAACAGCAACCAGACCUGGGAGUCUGAGAGGGGCGGUACAGACGAGAGAAAGACAGAGGCAGGAAACCCCAGCCAACAGACCAACGGUAGCACUGAGACAACCAGCAGCAGAAGUGGAGAGACUGACACAAACAGCAUGAAGCAGAGCCCCAUUAUGGUGGAGGGAGAGAUCAAGAGCAACCAUUCACACGGACCAGGUUACGUUACAGCAAAAGAACCCAAUGAGCAGCAGGUCCUGGAUCAGCAAGUUGAGGAUACAGUGGAGGUAGUGGCAACCCCACCACAGCCAAGGCGGGACCAGAACGGCACCCACAGCCAGGGCCACGAGACUGGGCAGGAAUGUGAGGAACAGCCGUCCACUGAUUUAGCCAACAGAACAGCUGAGGACAGAGAGAGUGGAGAGACCAUGGGACGACAACACUGUGAUGUCACGGUCCACACAUCCCCUUUUGAGGAGGGGGAACUCGUCCAGUCUGUCGGCUGCUCCACAGACAAGCUGUCUAAGGAGGGGACAGUCACAGGACAGGAGGCCCCUGGGAAGAAGGUGUCUGUACAGUGGGCAUCGUUAGAAGAGGCAGACUCUCUGGCAUGUAGAGAGGAAAUAGCAGCCACAGCAGUAGCAGUGGUGGCUGUAGCAGUAGCAGCUGCUGUAGCAAGCCUAGAACAAUGCAACUCAAACUCCAUGCUGGAGGGAGGCCAGGUACAGGAAGCUGCCGCAGAGAGCCAGAGUAAGCAUCAGACUGGACCCAAAGACACUGCACGAAGGUCAGGGGUCACGGUGUCUGAGGCCACUGAGAACCUUAGCACCUCAGACAGGGGUCCGACUGUCUCAGCAAGUCCAUUAGAGGAGGAUGUGAUGGUCAAGAACCCCUCAAAGGGAGCGGAUGAGCCUCAUGUCAGACAGGGAGAGGAGAACAGUGAUCUGUCCAAUACCACACAUGGGAGUGAGAAUGGAGUGGAGGCCCAACUACCAGGCCUGAGUCUGACACAGGAAGAAAGUGUAGAAGCCAGCAGAGAGUGUGCAGACUCCCACUCGCACACGUUAUUACAUGAUGAAAGGGCUGUGGACAGACAGAGUGCUGAGGUCAUAUCCUCCUCCUCCUCUAUCUCCCCAGAGAGAUCCUCAGAGCUGACACAUCAGGAGGCCAUCCCAGAGAGCACGGCCCCACCAGCCCCACCUGAACAUACACAUACACCCAGUGACUUGACCCUGACCACCCUUACACACCCAGACAGUGGUACAUCCCUGAAUCCAGAGCUGACUUCCCCAUUGGAGCUAGACAAUGGAAAAGGCCUGUAUGACGAGCAGUACAGCUCCCCUGUGGAAGUAGUCAUUGGCAUGUCCUUGGGCCUUCUGUCUUCAGACACACUGGAAAGCCUGGAUGGUGUGUGUGUGAGAACACUGGAUACUAAAGAAGAGCAUUCUGAAGAUUUAAGACAGCUUGACAAGCCAGUGAAAGACAAAGACAUAGUCUGUCCAUCCCAGGGAGAAGAGAAGGAGAAGAAGGAAUCCCUCUCAGACACGGCAGACUCUACACUGAUCCACAAAGAGAAGGAGUCAUUUUACCCUGUCCAGCCCUGCACAGAUCCCACACUACAGGUGAAAACCACGAUCCCAGAAUGCACAGAAUUCCCAGUAUCCCCAUGCUCAGAGAUUGUUGGAGGCUCUGUGUCGACCACCGGUGCCCUGCGGGACUCUGUCAGUGAUUUGGACAGUCUGGGAGAGGAAGGUGUCUUCAGAAAGGGAGAGGAGGCUGUGACUAGGCCAAGUGAAAGCAACAGUGGUGUGUCGGUGUCCUUCUCCUCCAUAGACGACGUGGCCAGUGUGGGUCCCCUCAGCACCAGCUCCCAGGGCAGUGUGGGUCCUCUCAGUGUCUCCUCCCAGGGCAGAGUGGGCCCCGCUUGGGCUGGGGCGGGGGCAGGGGUGUUGAGUACUAGGGCCAGUUGGAGUGCCGGAGACGGCUGGCAGACGACAGGGAGGGGGGGAGAGGAGGACGAGAGGAAAGACAAGCUGACAGAGGUGCCUGUGUGCUCCGCUAUCCUGCGCUCCUCUAUCCGCUCGCUCUCUCCAUUCCGCCGGCACAGCUGGGGCCCGGGGAAGAAUCCUGCAGGAGACACAGACAUGAACCAACGCAGUUUAUUGCAAGGUCAAGGGGAAGGGAAGCCUCGAAAGCCAACAUUUCAUAGGAGAAGUAUGAGCUGGUGUCCCUCCAACGUCCCCCCUCCCCACCUGGAACAAAUUGAUAGCAGAAGUUACAGUUUGGAGGGUCUGGCUGGAGAGGAGGAUGCUGGGAAGAUCUCCUCUGGUGUGGGAACUGUUGCGCGUCUGGACAGUGAGGAGAGGGGCUCGCUUCUGUCCCUAACAGAGGAGCAGGAGUCAGACCUGGGAGACUACAGCAGCCUCGACAGCCAGAAAUCAGGUAGAGUUCUGCCUGUGAGACACAGCUGUUCCUCCAUUCCUCACCAAGCACUCACCAAGUCGGUGUCCAUGCUGGCCAUCAGUCACAGAGACCUGGACGCCAGUGGACGGAAUCAACCAAAGAAGCGCAUCUCCUUCAGCAUCUCUCCGAUCUUCCCAAAAUCUAGAACAUUAUUUUCUAUUGGCUCUUCCUCCAGUGAUGAGGAGGAGGUAGUAAGAAUGGGAUCGGCAUCACUAGAACAUAGCAUCUCUGAGGAGGACCCGGGGCCACUGCGGAGCGACUCUGAGGGGAGACAGGGGACCAAGGUCAGCCGCACCUUCAGUUACCUCAAGAGCAAGAUGAGUACUAAGAAGAACAAGGAGAAAGAGAAGGCUCAGGGGAAGGAUAAAGAACCCAAGGAGAAGGAGAAAAAAAACGUGAACGGCCAUCUCUUCAGCUCUGUGAACCCAGCCCCAUCCUCAACCUGCCACCAAUGCAACAAACCCAUUAUCACUAAAGAAGCCUUCCUCUGCACCAACUGCAAUGCACAGGUCCAUAAGGGCUGCAGAGAGCGUCUUCCUGUGUGUGUCCAGGUCAAAAUGAAGCAGCAGAAGCAGCAAACGGUGCCGGAUUCUGAGUCCAUAUCCGGAGUCGUGUUGAGAAGUAAAUCUACAUCAUCGGCAUCGUCUCGGGAGCGUCCGUGGUCUGCCAUCUUGUCCCCUGAUGACCAGGCCAUGGUUACGGUGGCAGCGGUGGUGCCUCGCAGGAAUCACAGCAUCCUCCCCUUUAACAAAAGCAACCUGUCCAAGAGCAUCUCCAUCAGCAACAUCGCAGGGCCAUUGAUGGAUGAGAUGCCACUGAAGGGCCUGAAGUACCUGUCCCAGUCCACAGACUCACUGCACAAGACCUCCAAGGUCAAUGAGUCCACUGAGUCUCUCACUGAUGAAGGGACUGAGAUGAUGGACAGCCAGCUGAUGGGAGAGUUUGAGGCAGAGUCUAAGGAUCUUGAGGCAGACUCCUGGACCUUCACUGUGGACAAGAAGUAUGUGAAGGGGCUCAAGAAGGAGGUGGUGAAGAGACAGGACGUCAUCUAUGAGCUGGUCCAGACAGAGAUGCACCACGUACGGACGCUGAGGAUCAUGUCUGAGGUGUACAGUAAGGGCCUGCAGAAGGAGUUGCAGCUGGAGGCCCUCACGGUGGAGCGGGUGUUCCCCAUGCUGGACGAACUCCUGGACCUACACACAGACUUCUUCACCCACCUCCUGGAGCGCAAGAGGGAGUCUUCAAUCGAGGGUCGGGAUGACGGGAGCUUCCUCAUCCACAAGAUAGGGGACGUCCUUGUCUCACAGUUCUCAGGGCCCAAUGCGGACCGCAUGAAGAAAGUCUACGGGAAAUUCUGCAGUCGCCACAACGAGGCGGUUAACUUUUAUAAGGAGCUUCACACCAAAGACAAACGCUUCCAAGCCUUCAUCAAGAAAAAGAUGAGCAGCACAAUCGUCCGAAGACUAGGCAUUCCAGAGUGUAUCUUAUUAGUGACACAGCGAAUAACCAAGUACCCCGUGCUACUACAGAGGAUACUGCAUCACACCAAAGAGAAUGAGGAAGACCAUGACGAUAUAACCCAGGCUCUGAGACUGGUGAAGGAGAUUCUAAAUGCGGUGGACAACAAGGUGAAUGAACACGACAAGAAGAAACGGUUGAAAGAAGUGUACAGCCGUACGGACAGCAAGUCCAUUCAGAGGAUGAAGAGCGGCCAGAUGUUUGCACGGGAAGACCUGGUGAGAGGCAGGAGGCUGCUGCAUGAUGGACCACUGCAGCUCAAGAACUCUGCAGGCAGACUAAAGGAUGUCCAGGCCAUGCUGCUGUCUGACGUGUUUGUGUUCCUCCAGGAGAAAGACCAGAAAUAUGUCUUUGCCUCACUGGAUCAGCGGUCCACGGUGAUCUCCCUGCAGAAGCUGAUUGUGCGUGAGGUGGCUAACGAGGAGAGGGGUCUGUUCCUGAUCACAGCGGGGAUAGAGAAGCCAGAGAUGGUUGAGGUGCUGGCCAGCACCAAGGAGGAACGCAACACCUGGAUGCAGCUCAUACAGGACGCCAUGCACUCCAUAGAGAAGGAUGACGAUGAGGGAAUCCCCAGUGAGACUGAGGAAGACAAGAGACUGCUAGAGACCAAAGCACGGGAGAUUAGAGAGCUGCUGAGGAAGAAGGAUGAGCAGAUCAUGAGUCUAUUGGAGGAGAAGGUGAAGGUGUUCAGGGACAUGUGUGAGGGACCAGCAGAGGAGACCAGACCGACCCAGUCUAUCAGGACCAAAAUGCUGUUUAGAGCCACCCCAGAUGACAUCACCAAGGGAGAGCCCAUCAUGAAGGAUGCCCUGAGGGAAGUGGAGACUCUCCAUGUGCUGGUGAAUGGAAGUCUGGGCGGGGCUGUGGGGCAGCAGGUGUCCAGUACCCAAGAUGCAUCAGGGGGCAGUGUGGGGCCAGUGUGUCUGCCUCGCCGCGCUGAGACCUUCGGUGGCUUUGACAGCCACCAGAUGAACAUCUCCAAAAACGGAGAGAAAGAAGAGGGGGAUGACUCAUUAGACCUUCGGAGGACUGAGUCAGACGGUGUGUUAAAGAAGGGGGGCAACAACAACCUACUGCUACUGCUCAAGAGGAACAGUGAGCAGGUCCUCCAGAGUGUCACACACCUCCAUGACCUCCUCAGCACACUACAGGCAGUGGUGGUGCAGCAGGACACCUUCAUCGAGGACCAGCGUCAUGCUCUGGCCGAGCGGCCAGCCUCGCGCCACUCCUCCACCUCCUCCCUGUCCUCCUCCUCCUCGCGGCCCAACUCCCUGAUCGAGCAGGAGAAACAGCGCAGCCUGGAGAAGCAGAGGCAGGAGGUGGCCAACCUGCAGCGGCAGCAGGUGGCCCACGCUGAUGAGAGGAGGAGGAGGGAGAGGGAGUGGGAGGUGAGGGAGUCGGGGCUGGGCGACAGGGAGGUGCAGGUGAAGGAGCAGGAGGAGGAGACAGUGAAGAGGCGUAGGCAGAUGGAGGAGGAGAGGAAGGAGCUUCUAAGGAGGAAGGAGGAGUAUCAGAGGGAUCUGGAGAGGCUGAGGGACGCCCAGAGGAAGCUGGACAGAGACAAGGAGACGCUGCAGCGGGAGGCUGAGAUGGUGGAGCAGAUGAAGAAAGCCGAGGCAGAGCAGGCACACAGGACCCAGCGGACGCCCUCCACCACCUCAGAGGAGUCCAUGAAGUUUCAGAGCUCCACCUCUCUGGAUAAAGAGCCUGGAGGAGGGGAGGCAGAGCUGUCUUCCUCCCCCGCCACCAAAGACCCCUUCCUGAGGAUGGGCUCCAAGAGGAAAGGGAAGAACCUGAACCCCUUCUCCUCCUCUUCCUCUUCCUCCAACGCCAGCUCCAAGGCCCAGAGCAGCACAGAGGGCCAGAACCAAAUCCCUAACCGCCUGAUGCAGCUGGCCAAGACCAAGGACAAGGACAAGAAGGAGAAGAAGAAGAAGAAAGGGAAGGGGCAGCAAUCACAGCCAGAUCCCGGGAACACUGGGGUCACAGAGCCUCAGUGUGACGGAAAGAUCUUCUUCUGUUGAUCCCGCUGUCAUCCACUAUCCCACAAUGUCCCACACUCACUGCAUCAACUGACUGCCAGACCAUGUAGUAGUGUGACCAGAUAGACAUGCACCCCAUUGACAUACUGUACCCUACCCACUGACCUGGACCUGGAGGGGUCGACCAUGGCCAUGGACAGGAUGUACAGCUUGAGCACUUCCUGUGAACUUAUUACGGAACCAUGCAGACACUUCGCGCUUAGUUGCCACUGAAUUGUCAAGGUGUAACUUUUAGAUGAAGAUAAUUUGGGUUUGAUUCUGUGGUGAAGCUGCAAGUCUGCUGUGGCAUGGAUUGGAUUGGUAUGCAUGGGUUGGUUACUUUGGAGUUUGAUAGUGUUCAGAUAUGAUUUGGACAGUUUCAGGAAUUUUACCAUGGCUAGAAGAAGAUUUAGCAUUCAUGAAGUAUACAGUAGCUGACAUUCAUUUUCUAUGUGAAGGGAAGACUUAACAGAGCGGGUGUCGUAGGGGAGUGACUGUUGUAGAAUAUGCUGCAUUUCACAAAUUUAAGUAUACCCAAAUAGCCAAUAUGACAAAAGAGAGCAUACAGUACACCCUAUUCAACAAUUCCAGUUGAGUGAGUAAAGCUUAUGCAAUAGUGUUUAUUGUCAUACUUCUAAAGGUAUUGCUUAACACUGGGCCCCAUAAUGCUUUGUUCCCGUCUGUAAGGAACUACAGCCUCAUUUCUCCCAUCAGCACAACAUCAGUUGUAAAGAAAGGCAACUCAAGGUUAGAGAAGACAUGACUAACCACAGAGUUUGAGUUAUAAGAAGAGGAUGAAUGAGUCUGGGAGAAACGGAAAACAAGACCAGCCAAAGAAAGAGAAAGAAUAGCUUGUAAUGGAGGAGAGAAAGUAGAGAAAAGAAAGAGAGAGAGAUGAGUGACGAAGAGGAAGAGCUGAAGAAAGAGUAUGUAAGGAAGCGAAACUCAAAGACAUAGUGGCUGACUUGCUUUUGUCGCUAUUGUCCACUUUGCAAUUGAAUAUAAUGAUGAUAACCUGUUAGACGUUACGGUUCCAGCUGAUUGAAUGGGUAGAAGAAACAUUUAGACAUUACGGUUCCAGCUGAUUGAAUGGGUAGAAGAAACAUUUAGACAUUACGGUUCCAGCUGAUUGAAUGGGUAGAAGAAACAUUUAGACAUUACGUUUCCAGCUGAUUGAAUGGGUAGAAGAAACAUUUAGACAUUACGGUUCCAGCUGAUUGAAUGGGUAGAAGAAACAUUUAGACAUUACGGCUCCAGCUGACUGAAUGGGUAGAAGAAACAUUUAGACAUGACGGUUCCAGCUGACUGAAUGGGUAGAAGAAACAUUUAGACAUUACGGUUCCAUCUGACUGAAUGGGUAGAAGAAACAUUAGAGGUGUUUCUAUUCCUCCACUGCACACUUGAGUUUGAAUUUGUGAACCAUUUUAUUUGUAAAUCACUGCAAUGCAAUACUGGCAUAGGGUUUGAAGGUGAUGAUAAUAUUCACUCUGUUACAAGUGGCAAGACUUCCUGCUUUACAAUGAGUGACAAUCAUUCAAUGUACACAGACUAAAUCGAAAUCAAGACUGAUUAAGGGAUAUCUAUCUCACAAGAAUGGAUUUACAGAAACAAAAAUUAUGAUACAAUUUUUGGGUAAUAUUUUAAUGCUGAUAUUGGAAUAGAUGAAUCUAGCCCUGACCAACCAUUCCCAUUGGAAUUACACUGAUACUGUAUAUCUGCCUGCAGGACAGGCUGUUCGUCUAUUAGUCAAACCAAACCAAACCUUUCCUCUGGACAAAACCCCAUGUUUCCUAUUUUCCCUGCAGUCUGCUCUAGUAUUGGUAGCCUGUGGUACCAUAAGCUCUCUUGUGCCUCUCAAAUAGUCCAGAAUAAUUCCUGUCCCUGUAUUUUCUUCAUUGAUAUUUUUCCGUCCCCGGUCCAGUCUGGGGUUUUGAUCCAUAUAACCAGUGGUUCAUAAUGUGUCAUAUUUCACUUUUCUCCUUUCUCUUUAGUGCUGAUGAGCAGAAUUUAAAAUGAAAGCACAGCAAAGUCCUCUUCUGACUCUGUAAAACUGAAAUAUGGUGCUAAUCAUCAGUCACAUAGGCUGUGUUUACACCCGAUUCUGAUCUUUUUAUCACUAAUUGGUCUUUUGACUAAUCAGAUCAGCUCUAAAAAUAUAUAUAUAUGGUCUGAUUGGUAAAACUACAAAUUAGUGGAAAAAAUAUCAGAAUUAGGUUGCCUGUGUAAAUGCAGCCUAACUGCUCUGCUUCUUGUCUGCGUUGGUUUAUCUUGUUUUGACCAUCAGAUGGCGCUGUGGCAAUCUUCAUAAUUCACCACUACUAUCUACUUUGUUGGAUUUGUCAUCUUGAUAUUUCACAACAAUUCCCCCUGGUCAUAUAUAUUUGUAAAGUGAAUCACCACGUUAACAUAGUGCGUUAUGGCCUUGUUUAGUGAUUUUAGAAAAGUGAAAGCAUAGGGAGGGAUCAUUGGCAUUUUGAUUGAUUGGUUCAUUCACAUUUACUGACUUGCCUUAAUAGACAUAUUCCGCUUUUGACAGGUGUGAACGUUCUUAGACCCUACCCUUUAUCACUUGAUAUUCUUCUGGGAAUAUCUGCUAAUCAUCCCUUCAACAACAACCGUCAUGGCCGUCUACAGUAUAGAUGCUGAGCAGUGCUACAGUAGCUCUGAAAUGUUGUACAUGAUGCAUUGUGGCAGAGAUAGGGGAGACCAUUAUGCUCAAAUUGAAAUGCACUAGAAUAUUAGCCAGCAUCUGUGAGGAGUUGGAGUGGGUUUUACAGUUAUACUGUAUGCCAGUGCUUUUAAAGUAAUUUGUUGUUUGUACUAAAAAGGUACAAUUUGUAUUUCUUGCAGAAUUUCAUGUAAAAAUACAAAAUAAAAGGGCAAAGCAACCAUUAUGUAAAUAUGUGUCAUGUACAAAUUUAACUUUUAAAGUAUUGUUUGUGGAUUUUUGGAUCGAUUUAAGCUUUUUAUAAUGAGGCUUUAUUUAUCAGUGUCCUCCCUGUUUUGGAGGUAUAAAAUGUAAAUUCAUUUUUCUCUUAAUAAAUAACUAUUAUUGUUUGUCAACUGA